AUGAUAUUGCCGCAGGUUCGAUUCCCAGCUGAUGCACCAGACUAUAUAACUUUUCCUCAACCUUGGUUUGUUUGCACGACCGCCGCCAAGUUUCCUCUUGAGCAAAUCCGGAACAAACUCAUCGACAAGGUCCUCAGCGAAAGCCUAAAGGCAAUGCUUGGCGGUGGCGAAAAACGUGCUCGAACCUCAUAUGCUCGCCCCGACGGAUAUCACGCGUUCGAUUUUCCACCCAGUUUCUAUUCUUUGCUUGCUUCCCAAUACGCCAUGGCUCCACAGUUUCCUGAUUUUAGACGAGUUAGAAGGCGAAUUAGAAGAACAUUAUGUUACGGGGCGAAACAACCUCAUACCAUCAAUUUGCCGCUUUCUGAACUUGUCGUGGAUUUUUUCAACAAGCGGUCCCCUUUCGACUACAUGAGACCGGAAACGUCAGCGAGCAUAUCAGGUCGCGGAUAUGCAGAUCCGUGUACGCUCGUCGUUGCCAUGGUUUAUCUUGAUCGACUAAGAGUUAACGACAAGGUUUGGUUUGAAUCUUCUGAUCCGACUGAUCUCUAUUUGCCUGCACUUGUGGUGGCUUCGAAAUUCCUUCAUGACUCGGACACAUAUGACAGAGUAUCAAAUGCAGACUGGGCUGAAGCUGCGAACAUUUCAAACCAACACCUAAACCAACUCGAAUGGGAGUUCGUUCAAAAAAUGAAUUGGGACGUGAUGGUUGAUCAGACUGAGUUCGAUCGAUGGUUGUCAUUCUUUGAACACUGGGUUGCAAACGAUUUCGUGAUGAAGAAUGGUUUUUGUACUUACAACGAAAUCCUACAGCUCAGUUCUUCGUUCCCCUUAGCAUCGUUGCUCCAAGCGAUCUCCUCAUUCUUUGGGCUAAUGACUUUGGUUUAUACUCUUUCUAUUGUCUCUCUUUUCUCUAUCCCAUCCACGUUAUUGUCCACUGAAACUUCCCUACCUGAGAACAUUACGGUAAGGACUAUGCAAGGACCUAUUAACUUUCCGUCUAGAAUUAAUGAGGAACAACCGAUUUCUCUUUCUACUGAGUACGACUUCAUAGAAGAACUUGAUAUUGAUCUAUAUCAACAUGUGAUAGAAGCAGAUAACAUCAGCACAAUGGCAUUCUCAUGUCGAGCAGACUUUGAAAAACUUGAUUGUAAUGUUUAUGAACAUGAACGAUUUCCCAAUAGAUUCCCUGAAUUAGAGAAACAUUUUACUGAUUUCACAAUCCAUCCUUUUCUUAAUACGGUUUCUUGA